AUGCUUCUGCCGGGGCAACUGCCCUCACAGAUGGGUGGAAAGCGCGUCGGAUCCACAGCGAAGAUCGAUAGCUCGGUUCCUUUUGGCUUUCUGCUUGGUGAACGAUACUCAGGCUAUAAACAAGCGAUCAACACGUCGAGAAACCUCAAGCCGAUGCCGUCGAAACUUCCGAAGCUGUUCUGGGGGCUGUCAACCGAGCAGCGGCGUGUUCUGGCGGCACGAAUGCUGGAGGCCGGUCACAGCGGAGACUCCCUAGAACGUGCGAUUCGGUUGGCAAUAUGGGGAGAAUCGUCAAGCCGACGAAGCAUGCGGGUGCCUUCACGCUCGCAACCAUGGGACAACCCCCACAAGAUCGAAGGUGGCCUGAACGGGAUCGGACCGGACGGAAGGCCUAUCGUCCCCGAGCGUUUUCGCCCACGCGAACCGUUCCUACUCGUGAAAGCGGACGAGGUACACACGUUCGAUGCGGGCCAUCGUGUGGAGAAGCCACACGAGAGAGCCGACUGUGGUCCGGCUAGAAGGCGGCGCGUGAUCCAGGAAAACAUGCGCGCGAGAGUGCAAGUGCAGGAGGACUACCUGGCGGGCCUAGAGCAGGACCGGCGGGAGUGGCGGCGGUAUCAGGUCCAGGCCGUCAAGACUAAGAGCGUAGCGGUCAAGCAGAGGCGGUUAAGGAUGCGCCUCGCGUACGGCACCGAUCUGUCCGACGGUAUUGGGAGCGACAUAACGUCUUGUGCCCCGGAAUUCGAAGAGUUGCGACGGGAGAAACAGGAGAUGGCCCGCGCCUGGCGAGCGGUUCGACAGGCUGAGCUCAAGGCGAACGGGGACUCUGCACGGAUGCGUCGGUGGGAAAAAGAGGUGCUGAGAACCAUUCGCACCGAGACGUCCAAGUCUCUGUCAGCUCCCGGAACGUCCUUCGAGCGCGAGAACGCGACAUGUAGUGGGGCCGACCAAGAACUGGCGCACGCUCUACACCAGCUUUCGGUGGAGCAUGCCGUCAAUGGAUACACCCAACCCUCGCCUGAGUACGGGGGUAAGAACUUCGGGAAUUGCGAGGAGGAGGAAGGGCCAGAGGUGGCCCCGGCUCCGGGGGGCGACGGGGGAGCGGGAGUGCAAGGAGGGCUAGCGGUGAGAGGGGGCUCAGCCGAAGCGACGGUGCAAUUGCUCCAACCUCUUCUUGUUCGUGACAGUAAGGCGGAGACGGACCGAACAACAACACAGCAGUUUGAGCGUGAAACGGCGAGCGCGGGAGGGGUGGAAGAGGCCCGUGGUAGAGGCGUGGUAGGGUUGGCGGGGAGCACGAACCCGGCGGCCGCGGGGGCGGAAGCGGAGGGAACCACGGCAGGUGGGUACACAAGAGCACCGGCAGCGAGCGAGAAAACGUCACAAGCCGAGGAAGCGAAAAAAGGAGACGAGGCUAUUACAAACAUGGUGGAGAAGUUGCUCCGAACGUCCAGCUCUGUGGCGCUUGCGGUGGCCAAGCCCUUGAGUAUCAAGCGGCCGCCGGCUCUGGAGGUGGAAGAGGAUCCGCAUCAGGUCAAGCUAGUCUCCCGUAUUCGAUCACGCAAACCUACGUUUCCUCCUCCACCACGAGCCAAGUCGGGACGGGCCUUCGUGGGGGGCGGCUACAGGACGAACCCGUCGACGCCGUCACAACGUGUCAGCAGUAGUGAGUGUAGAGGCAACAGGUUCCUGGAACAAGAACCGUUCGGAUCAUAUGUCACUGGUGGUGUUGUUGGUGUUGUUGGUGGUGUCGGUGGCAGAGUAGCAGCUGUUACGGUAUCGUGUUUGAGCCCGAACGUCAACGGCGAGGGGCGCAAGGGUAGCAAUCGACGGGAAUCAGGGGUAGCAACCGCGGGAGGAAUCCUUGAUCUCGAGGCCGUUACCGAAGCGGCUGGGCGCUUGAAUGGCACCGGUGGGCAUAGCCCGUCUUUGGUGAAUCGGGUGCCCCACAACCCUCGAAAUCGCUUCGCGCCCAUGGCGGAGAGCGAGGUAGCAAGGUUUCUCCAGCAAGGGAACGACCGGUACCUCUCCAGCGCCGCAGGGAACGGGGCGGGGGGAGGACACGAGAUCAUAGGCUUGAAUGAGGACCAUGGCACCACUGCCGCUGCCGUUGCAGCUGCCCCUGCCCCUGCGCCUGCCGCUGCCACCCCCGGGGGCGCCGGCACCGGAAUCGGUAGGCGGUUGCUGGUGGUCGGGGAAAGUACCGGGCGAGACGAAGAUGGUGCUCGUACAGUAUUGGUGUCAGCAAGCGAGAAUGCACGACUUUUCCGACUAAGUUCUACGCCGCUUGACGGGUGGCAGACGAACCGAACUUCGACGACGGGGAACAAGCGAAGAGAGCGGUCUUAGCCUUCCUAAGCCGUACGCGGGACGGAGGCGUAAGGAUCCCCUCGCGUUCGGUCGUAGCCACUUUGAAAGCUGAGCGGGUCCGCGUUUCCGGGGACCGUCAGGGCUAGUUGAGGGUAUUUUCACGGCGAGCGAGCGGACGCGACCGGCUCGCCGAAUCUCUCGGUGGGUGGAGGACCCAGGCAGACUGAAACACCGGGCUUGUUCGUGGUAGUCGGGCUGGAAGGAGCCAGUUGCAGUGACUACCCGGGUCUCUACCUUUAGUUUGAGCGAGACGCGGGGGGGGGCGUUGCGUAGUGGGUCAGCGGUGGCUCGUGCAACACCUGGUCCGGCGGGACGCUUCUGUGCAGGCCGAGCUACACCGUUUCGCUUCUACCUGAAGGCACGCUGCCAUUAGGCUUGUUAGGCUGUGGGUGUCAAUGUUACCUGAGUACCUCAAGAAGCAAGUGCCGUAACUACAGUGGGGGGGCGUCAAUAACGUCGGUGGAAUAGCGCCGGUGGCCCUGUGUAGCGCCCGUGAAAUUGCCGGACAUCGACUGAAUCGCCAAGAAAUAUGUACAUUGAAUAGCGCCGGUCCUUCUGCGGUCCUUCUGGAUAGCGCCCGUCGAUGUAGCUAUACCAUCGAACGGCGUUAUUGAGGGUCCUUCACUGAUAUCCUUUCGCUGGUCAACCCCCCCCCCCCCGGGGGCUAGUGCAACAAACCCGACGCGAAACAUUGUUUGUCGUGGCCGACGAGGGGUACAGAACGCGCCACCACUUAAGAACCGCUUAUUUAGCUUGAGGCUCGACUCUUAUUGGUUGCUUCCAACCGAGCACAUGUUCUUAUUAGCCAAGUUCUU